AUGACCGUGUCAAGCUAUGCUCCAGAUACCAUCAGAGGCCUAGGGGGCGAGGUGGCGCGGGGUGGCGAGGAGCACCCGGGACCACGAAAGGGAAGAAUCAGAAUUGGCAUUGCCUCGUUUGGUGACAGUAUCUAUGAUAGUAUCAUCAAUAGCAAUAAAUUUCAUCUAAAAGGAAUCGAACUACAGGCCCUCUUUCCGGCCAUCGAUGAGUAUAUGACGUAUGAGGGGUCGCUGCCAUUUCCAAGUUGUGCCGAAACGGUGACCUGGAUCAUUCUCAAUAGAUCCAUUCAGAUCUCCCUGAAAGAAAUGAAGGUUCUUCGACAAUUACGAACUGACAAAACACUAUGGUCCACCUCAAUGGCUGACAAUUUUCGACCAGUCAAUCCCCUUAAUAAUCGCUCGGUGCGGACAAACAUUCGAUUCGCCGAUUCGGAAAGUGUCUGUGAAUACCGGCCUUCCGUAAGCUACUUUGACCUAGUCUACGACCGCACUGCACUGAACAGGAAGAUCUACCUCCUUCCCAGUGAACCCUAUCCCGUCCCCCGACCCACGAAGUUGUACUAG